AUGAUGUCUUCAAACGCAACAACAAUAGCAACAACCAGCCUCCCACUUAUCAACUUCGCAAACUUCACAAACAGCAGCACAGAGUCACGUCUAAGAACAGCCAAACAACUUGUCUCCGCCUGCCGUACCACCGGCUUUGUCUACAUCAUCAACCAUGGCGUCCCAAAGCAUGAGCUCGAGCGCGCCUUUGCCAUCUCCUCAAAAUUCUUCGACCUGCCGCUAGAGGAGAAGAUGAAAGCGCCCCAUCCACCUGGCUGGUCAGUCCACCGUGGCUACUCAUGGCCGGGGUUUGAGAAGGUUUCAAAUGCCACCAGCAGCAAGGAGGAUGAGGUGGCAGUGCGGAAAUUGCGUGAGGUAAAGGAUGUGAAGGAGAGUUAUGAGGUCGGCAGCGAGUCAAACCCCGAUAUGCCAAAUAUAUGGCCUCUGGAGGAGGUAUUGCCAGAGUGGCAGCCCUUCAUGACGGAAUUCUACUGGACAUGCUUCGAGGCCGCGAAGACUGUGCUGAAGGCACUGGCGUUGGGUAUUGGGCUUGAGGAGGAUGCAUUGGUGAGCCUGCAUAGUGGGCAUUAUAAUCAGCUCAGGUUGCUGAAUUACCCACCUAUCCCAGCACAGGCGCUGGAGGAGGGGACGAGUGAGAGGAUGCCAGCACAUACAGAUUGGAGCACGAUGACAAUACUGUGGCAGGAUGAUUGUGGGGGGUUGCAGGUUGAGGAUCCAAACCAUGCUGGGAAGUUCAUCAAUGUCGAACCUGUCGAAGGGGCACUUGUGAUGAACAUUGGGGAUCUGAUGAUGCGGUGGAGCAAUGAUGUCCUGCGCUCGACGUCACAUCGUGUUACGUUGCCACCAUUGCAGGAUCGGAUUGAGGGGGAGGGAAGGAUCACAAGGCAGCGGAAGAGUAUUGUUUAUUUUUUGUCGACAGAUCCAGAUAGGUUGAUUGAGGUUAUGGGGAGCUGUAUGAAGACAUUGUUACAGAGAGCCCAUUCCUUGCAGUGCUUUGACCUCACCGUAAUUUAG